CAUGGGUGCAUUGUUAUCUUCAUGUAAUGGAUUUGGUGGCCUAUAUAUCUUUUUAAAAUCAAAGAUGGCGAGUAAACCAAAUAUGUUGAAAGUAAAAAGUGAUGAAUCGCUCCUAAACGGAGGUAUGAUAAACAGAAAAAGAACUUGGACAAUAUCCUCUGCAUGGAAGAAAGCGGUUAAAAGUAAUCCAGAUAAAUCUGCAGUUUUCAUUGAUGAAUAUUCCUUAACUUAUAGACAAAUGGAUGAAUUAAUGGAAAAGAUAGCACUUAACCUGCAGUUGCUUAUAUUUCAAAGAAAUACUCCUGAAGAAAGACUAGAGUUUUUUUUCGGUCGUUCCUUUGAGGAUGAUAAAUUAACAAUUGCAAUCUGGAUGGAUCCAUCUGAGAAAAGAAUAGCUGUGCAAUUAGCAGUGUGGAAGUUAGGUAGAGCGUAUGUUCCCUUAGAUGACGUUCUACCUCAAUCUAGGAUCAAGACAAUUCUCAAAACCGCCAAACCAGUAUGUAUUAUUACAGAUUCAGAGGAGAGAGAACGCCGACUACUGGAAUGCAGUGAAGAUGUUUUCGUGGUUCAUUCAAGCAACCUCGAAGUGUCUUCGGAAAAGGGAUUGAUUAAUGAUUACGAAAUAUUAACGGAUGGUGACGACGCUGCAGCCAUUCUCUUUACAUCUGGCUCAACAGGAAUUCCUAAGGGAGUUAUAUUAACCCAUGGAAACAUAGAAAACAGAUUACAAUGGCAAUGGGAUAAUCUACCAUUUGAAAAUGACGAUAUAGUUUGCCAUAAAACUAGUCUUUUGUUUGUUGAUUCAUUAACAGAACUCCUUUCUGGACUUCUUUCUUCGACUCCUAUAGUCGUUUUAAGGUCGGAAACUGUGAAAAAUGUUGAAAAACUUGCCCAUAGUAUUGAAAGGUAUAACAUUACUAAAAUUACUGUUGUUCCUACUCUUCUUCAGAAUAUUCUCGAGGUAUUUCGUUGUGAUUGA